AUGCUAGAUCAAGAAAAAAGAUGGUUGAUGAAUUACAACAGCAGCUUCUCUCAAAUGAGACAACUGGAAAACAGGAUUGCGGAACUAGUGAGUGAAAAUAGCCAACUACAAGUCAACGUGAGUAAACUAUCCAAAGAGAAAGAUGACACAGCGAAAAGAUUAAGUAAAGUCGCGGGCGCUAAACUAACUCAUGGUAAUGCAGCAAUAACCGACCUUAGUGAUACCAAUCGCCCAACUAAAAUAGCAGAGAAAUUCUCAGAAUUGUAUGACAAUCAGUGGACAGACGCUUUUGAGGAACUUGACAAUACUUACAACAAUGAAGAGGAAACCAUACAAGUUCUUCUGAAAAUAUUGAAGGAAGCAUACGAUUUUUGUGUCCGUACAGAGACAAAUUACGAAACAAGAAUAGGACAGGCAGUUUUUACAUUGGCUGAUGUGAACAGUAGAGAUACUCGUCAGAUCACUGGGGCAGAUGUCGGAGUUCAAAAGUCCCUUUCAGAUUUAAGGUUGUCUCUGGGAAAUGCGUGCUGUUUAAUUGUCGAAGAGAUGUUUCUGACAAGACUCCCUUCAAUUCUUAAGAAGGUGGACGUUUCUGUAUCCCCUAAGACAAAACUAUAUGCUAGCCAAUGUGCAAGUCUGUGUUGGAGAAUGAGAAUCCGUGAUCCGCCCGUGUUUGUCCGUUUCGAUUUCAGACAGGGGACGGAAUUUAACACAGACAUCUUGAGGAGGUAUACCAAAACAGGAGGAUAUCUGGAUUUCAUUGUCUGGCCAGCGUUGUACUUGCAUGAGAAAGGACCUGUGUUGUCGAAAGGAGUGGCACAACCAAAGCAUGCUCCUUAACUAUUUUACCACGUCAAACAUACUAAGAUAUUGAUCUAUAAACUUAAAAGAUUUUAAUUCGAUUUUAAUUAGCUCUGCUGAUCAGAGGCCCGAAAAGCUUAUGCAUUCAUAAGCGUACGUUGUCCGUCCGACAGUUGACUGCUAGUA